CGCACCUGUCACUGUCGAUGCACGAUACCCAGCCGGUGGUUGUUGCAUUGCCACCCUUGGCUAGCCUCACCUGGGAUAAUUGCAUUCACUCGCACACGAAGGACUCUAGCGACAGGACCUAUUGGAAUCGAGCCCCGGGAUCGCGCAAUGAAAACCCGUCAACUGCAGUCGACACAGACUUCGUGUCGUUCGAAGCAGUGGGUCCCGCCUGGCGCUGGGAUACCGUGCGAGCGGGAGCGGAAGCACGAGAUGGCAGCGCGGGAGCGGGAGGAGCAGGUGAAGCGGGACAGGGCGAUUGCAGCGGCGGCAGCGGCUGCCCAGCGGGUGCGGCAGCAUCGCAUGAUCAGCACCGAUAGGUAUCAACCCUCCAACCGGGGCAGGAUGGCGGCAGGAGCACUCAAGGCAGGCAGGCAGGGAGCAGGACCAAACAAAGUAUAUGGCGUCAGUGGGAGAGCAGCAAAAGGAGGAACCUCGGAAACCCAAAGGAAGGCAGAGCCGGGAGACCAAGAAUCCUCUGUGAAUGCCCAGCCACCUCUUUCGAAGCGGGAUUUUGGGCCCAGCGAAGCCAAGACGGAUCGGCUGAGGAUCCAGCUCGAGGAGCUGACCCAGCUGCCGGAGCAGCAGUUCGAGCAGGGAUUCCGCCAGUGGCUGGACCAGGAGGGCAUAGCCCGCGAGAUGCACUCCCACCUGCGGGCGGAACUCAUCAACUGCUUCAAUAAUACGGCACUGGGUCAGCUUCUGAACAAGGCCGCCGGCUUGCAGAUGGCUCAAUCGCACGCCCUGCUCACCUCGCCGCUGGCCAUGGCCUUGCCCACUCUGGUGGCAGAGUUCCUGCACUCCCAGAACUGUCACUUCACUUUGUCCGUAUUCUGCAGCGAGAUGCCCCAUCGCCAUACGUUGCCCAAAUUCGAAAACCGGCCGGAGUUCCGUUUCCGCACGGAUGAGCUGCAGCAGGUCCUUAGCGCCGUGCUGGGCGGUGGUGACCAGGAGCUACAGCCGGACCCGGAGUUCAAUCGUUUGGUAGAGGGUCACUACGAGGAAGAUCUGGCAGGUCAGACCCAGAGUCUGCUGAUGGCACUCAUGCGGUCGUUGGUGGAAAUCAGGAGGCUGGCAAUUGCACGCGAGGAGCAGGAAGGGGAAAAGGAAAAAGAAAGGGUAAAGGAGCAGGAACGAAAAGGGGUGAAGCCUGUUGAUUGUUCCUCCCAAACGGAACCGGCUGCCUGCCUGGAAGCUCGUCCCGGUGUGGACACCAGUCGCCUCUACCAAACCGAAGAGCAGGAGCUUAUCCUCGGCGCCGACGGCCGAAGCGUCUUUGUGGGACCCCGCGUAUCUCAGGCCCUGCAUGCCGUCGAGCAGCAGAUGGCAGACUUGAUGAAGAAUCUCCGCCAGCUAACAAAAUCCUGUGCCCCGCCCGUGGAGGUGAUAUCCGAGGAGUCCUUCGAACAGCUCAUCAAGCGGGAGCUGCGUGAACGCGAUCGUCAGACCAAAGCGGGCAAGACCUUUAAUCCCAGCGAGCCGUUGAUCAAGCUGCCUGAGAAGCCACCCAAAAAGAAGGCCAAGACCAGCAAAGAUGACGAGGUGGUCAACUCUGAGCUAGGACCCAUCAUACUACCCGCUGGCGAUGUGGAAUUGCCCCAUUUACUGCCAUUGCAUCCGGAGCAAUUCUCCAGUCUGGCGGUGAUUCGGCAAUCGCUGGACAAUGCCCAAAAGAAAACCCGUCAGCCGCAGUCCCGGAUGUUCGUCUCCGUUCAGCGCAUGGAGACCCUAAUGACCGACGUCUGCGGCUGUGUCCAGCUGCUGGGCAACGUCCUGAACCUCUCCAUGGAGCAGGAGCAUGCGGUGGGGCAGCAGAAGGGCUUCAGAGACGGCUACCUCGAGGGCUUUGGUCAUGGUCACUUCAUGGGCCUUCAGGAGGGGAGGCUAAGGGAGCAGCACGACCGGACCAAAAACCAAAAGGAAACCUCGACCCAGGUGCGAGAGCACGUGCCCACCGUGAGCAAGGCCACCCAAACGUCCAGAAGGAAGUUGGCGGCAAAGAAACACAUGGAGAGCCAAACGGAUGCCAAGUCCAUGGGCGAUGCCUCGAUUCAAGUCAACGUGGAUGUGAAAGCGCCGCCCAAGUCCUACGAUAAGUGGAUCCACGAGAUGCUGCACAGCGCCAGCGGCCAGAUGUUCCUCAACCGGGUGGAGAUCUCUCUGAACAAGGCCCUCAAGCUGCAGAAGCAGCGACUGGACGAGCUCUAUCUGGUGAAGCUAAGGCACCAGGCGGAGAUGCUGAAACUCAGCAGGAGACAGAUCUCUUGGCGGACCCUGUGCCGUCGCGUCGAACGUGACUCUCAAUUAUCCGCCGAGACUCAGGAUCUUGUCCAAAAGAUCUUCCGCCUGCUGGAGCAUUACGAGACCCAUCACCACAUGCUGGUCGAGAAGAUUCAACAGACGGAGAUUGCCGCCGAGCAGGCCACUUGCAUUGUGCCCUUGUGGACUGGUCAGGAGCGAACGCCAGCUGUUGAGGCUUCAGCUUCAGCUAUCCUCCCAUCUUCCUCUUCUGCCCUCACGUCCAAGCCCGUAAAGCUGGAGGUAAAUCCCCAUCCAAGUAACUCCAACGUUAAGCCCCAUCCAUACCUGGGUCUGGCAUAUCCCUUUCAGUUGGUAACGGUGGCCCCGCCAAGUGGGAUACAAGUUUCCACUGGCUAUAUACCCGUGGAUCCGCGUUUGGCAGCGCACUGUCGGCAUUACAGAAACUCUGAUUCCAGUGAUCGUGGGCCUGAAACGGGAGUAGGACCUGCAAGGAAAUCAAUACUCCCUAGAACCGAUGUUGAUGGCACCAAGGAUCUUCCUAAGACUCUUCCUUCGCCAGUCCCCAGUAAUCAUCCAUCCGGAGACGAGGCUCACGGUUCUCCUCCUGUAAGUCUGGCCAGAGUUGAUCCUGUACCGGCAAAGGUCAGUGCGCCCAAGGAAGCUCCCUCUAUGGCCACUGUUCCCAGUGUCCCUGUCUCAGGAUCUUCCCAGCAAUUAAAGGAAAGUCCACAUGAAUCCACUCCCACUCCCGUAUCACCUCCUUUAAAGCCCUCAGUACAUGAUGUGGCCACCAAUACCAUAGAACCACCACCACCACCACCACCACAGCCCAUUCUAUCCCUAGGUCAAUCUUCCCAAGGUCCCAGCUUCGAAGAGGCUCUACUGAGUGCCAAAAAUCGCAUGAAGCAGCUGGAAGAGGAGAGCGACUUGCUCGAGCAGAGCUUCAUCAGCUAUCUGGAGAAGUCGAAGGCCAACACGCCCAUCCCAGGCGGCAAUCAGAAAUCCCACAAGGAACCCCUCAAACCGCGAAGGAUUCCCUCAGUCUCUCAGCACGAACAAUUGGAUCGCACCUUGGACAGCUUUAUGGAGCGGCAUCGAAGGACUCGACUCCAGGAAAAUGAGGCUCUGAGGGAGGGGGAACUGCAAAACCAGCCACCUAGGCUGGACUCCAAACUAUCCUCGCCUCUGUGGCUGUCAGAACUGGAGGAGGGCCAUGACCAUGACAAGUAUCAUUUCACAAAUGCCAUUUCCGAGGCACGCAAGAAACUGCUGGACGAGAUUGGUCUGGAGAAGAAGGUAGCAGAGAUGGAGCACCUGGAGCAGGAGAAGAAUCUGCAGCAGCCGGAGCAACUGCAGCCUUCAAUGGAUUGGAUUCCAGCAGAGAUGCCCAAGGUCCUUAGUGUCGUCAAGCCAACAGAACUGUUCGAUAUCACGCCCUCGCAGAGCAGCAGCAACGAUGAGAUGAGAUUGCUCCUCCGGCGGGCCAAGGAUGCACUCGGCCUGCGGUCUCCUAAUCCUCUGCUGGAUAGCAGCAGCGACAGCUCGAACUUGGAGGAUCCCUCCCUGCGAGUGAACCGAUCUCCCAGUCAAAAGCUCCAGCAGUCCAUGGCCAAAAUGGAGCUACUCUUCGGCGGCCCCCUGGUGUCAAGCAAAGCCAAGUCCUUCGACCAAAAAUCUUCAAAGCUCAACAAACCUGCUGUGAGACCUCUUAGUGCUCCCACGACCGGAGCGGAGAAUGUGAGACUUGUGCCGCCACGGCCACACACUGCACCCACUCUCUAUCCUAUCCAGGAAUCGCAGCCGCCUCCCAACCUCCAGCUGGACAUCAGCACUAGCACUAGCACAUCCCAGAGCAGCCUGCCCGGAAAGAGAUCAGCCGGUGGGUCGUUUGAGGAGCUGGUUGCCAGCGCGGUAAUGGGUCCGGACACCACGCCGGAGGUCUCAUAUAGCCAGGAGUUCUGGAAGCGCAUGAACUUAUAGUUUAAGUUUUUUUUUUAAUUUGGUUUAAGAGGUCAUAAAAAUGUAUAUAUCAAAACGGAGGCUAUAAAGUGAGUGCGGUAUUUCAAUAAAUAAACAGGGGAAUGGUUUAAAAUGUGUAUAUAAUGUAUAAUUUGUAAGAAAAUUAUAAAUAUAUAGACGAUUCUUUGGUAGAU